AUGCACAUCGUGUCACAGCCACUAACCUUCACAUCGAUUUGCUGCCUGCAGGCCGAGGAAUGCAUUGCCUCCAAGAAAACGGGGCCCCUCAAGGACCCGAGCAUGGACGCCCCGGACGAUGCUGUGCUGCGCCUCGCCCAGCUGGCCCUCUCCUGCACCGCCGAGCGCACUGCAAGCCGGCCCAGAAUGGCAGACAUUGCCAACGAGCUGCAGGGAAUCAGGCACAAGGUGGUGGGGAAGGAGGAGCUCAGUGCAGCGGUCAAGGUGGACAAGCUAGCUCAGGAGAGGGGGGUUGGGAUGUCGUUUGAGGGCGACUUGACUGCUGACCUGGAAGCUAUUGAGAGAAUGGGUGAAGAAGAAUCCAAUGGGGAGCAAUCAGUCAAGUCUAUUCAGUGA